GACCUUGUAACUAUCGUUGAGCAUUCCUGCUGCUGCUAGCAAACAACAUACGUUGAGUGGAGCUCGCGCGCAGGUGGGUGGGUGGGUGGAGCGGAGCCUAUCAGCCAUGGCCGGACGUCCAGAGGGAGGGAAAGGGGAGACGGUGUGCGUCACCGGCGCCGGCGGGUACAUCGCCUCGUGGCUCGUGAAGCUCCUCCUCUCCCGCGGCUACACCGUCCGCGGCACCGUCCGCGACCUUGGCGAGAAGAAGACCGGCCAUCUGAGGUCGCUAGAGAACGCAUCUGAAAAUCUCAAGCUUAUCAAGGCCGAUCUGCUCGAUAAUGACGCGAUGGCGGCUGCCAUAGAGGGAUGCCAAGGAGUUUUCCAUGUCGCCAGCCCGGUUCCUACGGGGGAUGUGACUGAUCCAGAGGUUGAGGUUCUGGGUCCUGCCGCUACUGGUACCAGGAAUGUGCUGGAGGCUGCGUCCGCCGCGAAGGUUCGGCGGCUAGUCGUCGUCUCAUCCAUAGUCGCCGUCGAUAUCAACCCGAAAGAUUGGCCCGCCGACAAGAUCAAAGAUGAAACUUGUUGGUCAGACAGAGAGUUUUGCAGGAACAAUGAGGACUGGUAUUCGGUUUCCAAGAUCACCGCAGAAGAGGCGGCGCUCGAGUACAGACAGCGAACCGGCCUGGAUGUGGUCACUCCCAACCCGGCGGUGGUGUUCGGUCCCCUGCUGCAGCCAACGGUGAAUGCGAGCAGCCAGUUCCUCAUCUACUUCCUCAAAGGAGGGCCUGGCCGGAUGAGGGACAAGCUGUGGCACAUCGUCGACGUGCGCGACACCGCCGACGCUCUGCUCCUGCUCUACGAGGCGCCUGAGGCCGUCGGCAGGCACAUCUGCGCGCCGCAUGUCAUCACCGCCCGCGACCUGCGGGACAUGCUCAAGAAUAUGUACCCUGACUAUCCUCUAGUCAGCAAGGAGAGCAUCUGUGACAUGGAUCACCCGGCUCCGAUGACGACCGACAAGCUCAAGAAGCUGGGGUGGAGCUGCCGGUCGCUGGAGGAGACCAUCACGGACACCGUCAAGUUCUGCCAGCAGGCCGGGUUUCUCGACGAUGUGGACGGGGCUGGGCCAUGCCGUUUCCCUCCUAUUUACAACAAGAUUUAGGUUCAGCAACGGCGAGAGAUCAGGCGCCAGGUGCAUGCACAAGUUCUACAAUCGUGUCUUGCAGUCGGCUCACCCCAAUCCAGCGUCUGAAGUUGAAGGUCGAAGAUGGACCACUUCUAGGCACGACUUUUCCUUUUCUGCGCGGGCCAUUUCUAGGCACGUUUAAGAAAAUACCAUUUGUAAUAAUGUUUUCAUUCCAUAAUAAGGUGUUCCUCUUUCAAACCUUCUUUCAGAAAAAGAUGUCCAAAGUGCAUCUUAGAGCGAAGAUGCAAAUCUAAAGAUGUAAAAGCAGGAGAUAU